GACGAUGCCCACCCGUUUACCCAGCCCUGGCGGCCCCAAGCCCCGCUGCCAAGGUCUAGCUCCAGCAAACGGGCACACGCGCCUGUGUUUCUAAAGGGCCUCGCUAGGGGGCAGAGUCGGCACCGGGGAUCCCUAACGCCUGUCGUACACGCGCGACGUAAAGCGGGUCCGCUUUAUGGCAACCUGCUUCCGCCGUAAAGCGCCGCCGGCGAGCCCCACGCCGGUGGGUGGAAGGGACCACUUCCCGGUGGGCUGAGCGAGUCUUGAAGGCGGACAAGCUUGAGGGUUCGCGAUGGGCAAACGCGGGAGCCGCAGCCAGAACCAGCUGCUCAGCACCCUGACGAAAAAGCAGAAGAAGCACCUUCGGGACUUCGGCGAGGAGCAUCCCUUCUACGACAGGGUUUCCAGAAAGGAAGCAAAACCACAGAUCUGCACACUGUCAGAGAGUUCAGAUUCUUCAGACUCUGCAAGUGAAGCAGAGAGUGAACCGGAGCAAGUUUCUGGGUACCACAGACUACUCGCCACAUUGAAGAAUGUUUCUGAGGAAGAGGAGGAGGAGGAGGAAGAGGAGGAGGAGGAGGAGGAAGGUGCCCUAGAUGAGGCAGAAGUGAGCAGCGAAGACGGUGGCAGCGAGGUCAGUGCAGAGGAGGUGGCCGCAGCAGAGUCUGCAGAGAAGCAGGAGAGUAAGGUCUUACCUGCUGACCCUGAGGAAGAAGAUGGGGAUGGGCUACCUGGCCCAUCACAGCAAGAACCCCCCGAGGAGUUCACAGAUACAAAGCAUGAGUCCCUCUUCAGCCUGGAAACCAAUUUUCUCGAAGAGGAGAGUGGAGGCAGCUGUUCUCUGAAAGCAUCACAAGAUCAGAAUUCAUCAGAUCCAUUUCUACAACAUGUGAACAAAGAACUGAAAGAAAAAGAAAUUCAGGUCGUUGCCACAAAUCCCAAAACUACCCAUGAGCUAAAAUGGCCCAUCCUGGGUCAGCUUGUUUUUUCAUCCAAGUUUCAGAAGUCGGGAGCAUUUAAACCCCCAAAGGACCUGGACCUAAAGGCACUUCAUCUCCAGAAGCCUCUGGAAUCCACCUGGACCAAGACCAACAGCCAGUUUCUCUCUGGCCACCCCAAAUCAAGUAGCCCCUUCACACCCCUCCAGAAAGAGCUCUUCUUAAUUAUGAAUUCGUACCAGGACUUGUUCUACCCAGAAAGGACCGCCCUGAAGAAUGGGGAGGAGAUCCGCCACGUGUACUGCCUGCACGCACUAAACCACGUCCUCAAGGCCAACGCCCAGGUGCUCAGCAACAACAGCCGACGCCGAAGCCAGAAACUUGGGGUGGGGGACGAUGAUGCCUUCCGGGACCAGGGGCUAACAAGGCCCAAGGUGCUGAUAGUGGUCCCGUUCCGGGAAGCUGCUCUGCGGGUGGUACAGCUCUUCAUCAGCCUCCUUGAGGGCGACAGCAAGAAGAAAAUAAUUGUGAGCAACAAGAAGAGGUUUAACGGAGAGUAUGGCUCGGAUCCCGAGGAGAGACCACCCAACCUUAAGAGGCCUGAGGAUUACGAAGCCGUGUUUGUCGGCAACAUCGAUGACCACUUCAGGAUCGGAGUGGCAAUACUCCAGAGGAGCAUCCGGCUCUACGCCCCCUUUUACUCCUCGGACAUCCUCAUUGCCUCCCCUUUGGGCUUGAGGACCAUCAUUGGCGCAGAAGGGGAGAGGAAGAGAGACUUUGACUUUUUGUCUUCUAUCGAGCUGCUCAUCAUUGAUCAAGCUGACAUUUACCUGAUGCAGAACUGGGAGCAUGUCCUGCAUUUGAUGAACCACAUGAACCUACUGCCCUUGGACUCACAUGGGGUGGACUUUUCUCGAGUGCGGAUGUGGAGCCUCAAUAAUUGGUCCAAGUACUAUCGCCAGACGCUGCUGUUUGGGGCCCUGCAGGAUGCCCAGAUCAACUCCGUGUUCAACAAGUACUGCUUCAACGUGCAAGGCCAGGUGGCCGUGAGGAACGUCCCGAUGACAGGCUCUAUCAGUCAUGUGCUGGUGCAGCUCCCACAUGUCUUCCAGAGGAUGGAAGCCGAAAACCUAACUUCAGUGAUUGACACCAGGUUUAACUUUUUCGUGAACAAGAUUUUGCCUCAGUAUCGUGAUGCAGUCAUGUCUCACACGCUCAUCUAUGUCCCCUCGUACUUUGACUUUGUGCGUCUCCGAAAUUACUUCAAGAAGGAGGACCUGAACUUCACCCACAUCUGCGAGUACACCCAGAAGUCUGGUAUCUCCAGGGCCCGACACUUCUUCCUUCAAGGGGAGAAGCAGUUUCUGCUCCUCACAGAGCGCUUCCAUUUCUACAAAAGGUACACUAUAAAAGGCAUCAGGAACCUGAUUUUCUACGAACUGCCAACAUAUCCCCACUUCUAUAGUGAAGUCUGUAACAUGCUGAGAGCCACCAGCACAGGAGAGGAAGCCGCCUGGACCUGCACUGUCCUCUACUCCAAGUAUGAUGCCCAGAGGUUGGCUGCGGUGGUUGGUGUGGAGCGGGCUGCACAAAUGCUACAGUCCAAGAAGAACGUCCACCUCUUCAUCACCGGAGAAAGAUGAGAGCUUGUUAGGCAGAAAAUGGUAUUUGGCAUGAUACAUAGGCCUAAUUCUGUGCCACUUGGACUGAAUCCUGGCCACUUGUACAGAAGAACUGUUUGCUACAGGGAAGGAGCACCAGGCAGCACGUCUGAUACUCUCUUUUUUCAGGUCAUAUGUCCCUGGAAAGUUCAAUGUAAACCAAAUUUUGGUAACUCCCAUCUUUCAGAGGUCAGGGGGAGCUAAUGGGAGGGACUCUGAGGAGUUGAUAAAGGAAACUGCUACUUGUGAAUCUUUGUGAGACAUAAAUUCUUUUAUUGUGACUUUACUUCUAAUUUAUUACACUUAGUAAAUUCGUUCAGAUUUGCCUAUUUCUGUUUGACACUUCAA